GAAUCGGUUUAUUUUUAAAUGUUCUCUUUUAACAAUGGAUAACAUUUACUCCAAACAUAUUGAUUCAAGUGACAUGGUACACAUGUAAACCUUAAACAAAUUGCUCAUAGUUUUGUCUUAGUAAUAUAUUCACAUUAGUGUAAUUGUUUAUGCCAUUGUGCUUGUCAUGCUAAUAUGGUGUGCCGUUUUUCAAAAGGCAGCAAACUCCGCAGACUCUCUUCACACUUACGUCUUGAUUACUUAUUGUGGUACGCCGUGUGGCUAAAGAAACGAACCCCUUUUUACCCACAGGUGCAUGGGCCAUCAGCAAAGAGGUGCGUGCGUCACUGGCAAUCUUAUAAAGCGCACAGGUGCCUGCUAAUUGCGGACACAGCUGAUUAGAACUUGUCUGAUGCGUGUCGUGGUUUAAUGCUCUGUGAUUGAGAGGCUGCUUUUCACUAAGAAACACAUUUUUUGCUGCAAAGAUGAGCUCCGGAGGAGGGACCCCAUAUAUUGGCAGUAAAAUAAGUUUGAUAUCCAAAGCGCAGAUCCGGUAUGAGGGGAUAUUGUCGUCUGUCGACACUGAUCGGUCCACGGUUGCGCUAGCCAAAGUUAGAUCCUAUGGGACAGAGGACCGGCGCGCAGAUAGACCAGUGCCACCCAAAGAUGAAAUGUAUGAAUACAUAAUCUUCAGAGGAAGUGACAUUAAAGAUAUCACUGUGUCCGAGCCUCCAAAACAACACCAUGGACUGCCUCGGGACCCUGCUAUUGUACAGUCAUCCAUGGGCAGCUCUUCGGCUGCGUAUCAUCCCAGGUGGAGUUCAUACAGAGACAUGAUGCCCACCUACAACCAGCUGGCUGCUACGUCUCUACUGAACCAGCAGUACAGUACAGCACUAGGCCUAGGAGUGCCACCCAUGACAGGCACAUCCACUUUGAACAUCCAUGUGACUGACCAGAACGACAACGUGCCUCAGCCAACAGUGGACUUUGUGGAUGUGUGUGUGUCCGACGGCCCCUCCAGCACCAACAUCUCAGCCUUUGACCUGGAUGAUCAUCCCUACGCGGGGCCUUUCACAUUUGAACUGCUGGGUGACGUCAAAGGAAAAUGGAAGCUGAAUCCCUCACAUGGGUACACAGCCGGCCUGGUGAAGGAGCCUGGUGUUUAUUCCGGACCACACACAGUUGAUGUGAAGAUCUCUGACAUGCAGGGACAGUUUGCCAUGUACAACCUCAGUGUGACCGUGUGUGAUUGCAAUGUGACGCCAAACUGCAGAGACCCCCGAAGCACUGCCACAACAGCUGCUCCCGGGGCUCUGGCCAUAGUGUUUGCCUCACUACUUUUGAUCAUGUGUCUGCUUCUGAUGGCAGUGUUCAUGACCUGCAGAAAAGAGUUCGCCCCUCUGGAGCCCAGUGAUUCCUCUGGAGACACCCUCCUGUCAUCAAACAUUGAGAAUCCAGGAACAGACUGCAAGGUAGUCGUACCGGACGAUAUAGUGGUAUGGUUUACUGAGGAGACCCACAGUGACCCAUCUAAUUGGAGAGGACAGCAUCAUGGGAUAAAACACAGCAAUUUUUCCAAGGAAAUGGAGCAAAACUUAAUCUACGAACACUUAGUCUUAGGAGAAGAUAUGUCCCAUCUAUACAACGAGAACUGGAACCAGACAACUUGGAGACCUCUAAUGGCCAAUGGCCACCAUCAUACCCAUCAGCGUGAGGAAACGAGCACAAUGAACUUCCAUGCAGCUCUCCAAGCCCUGCUUCAUCAGCGGCUCUCCUCUCUCCAGGGGAAAGAGGCUGACCUGCUGGACUAUGAGCCUCACGUUUAUGCAGAGGAGGGCGACUUUGACGUCCUCUCAGAGCUGGAGAACAUCAUCCUUCCUGACAAGGAUUCAUACCAGAAAGCACUCAACAACUUGGGCCCCAAGUUCAAGCAACUGGCCUCCAUUUGCAAGCCACCACAUAUACAAAACUGA